GAGCGUACUUUCAGUGGAACGCGGAACGUUGGGCUACGAGCACCUUUGCAAGCGGAAGAUGAAAGCGAAAAGUGUGGUAUUCAUCCUCGUCCCCUUACUCAUAGCGCUCUCCCAUGGCACUCCAGUGGAUCGGGACGAGAUCGGAGCUCCAAUGGCGAUGAGGGGAUUCAACAACAGCCUGGGCCUCUUCGUGGAGUUCGCCGGUCAGGCAUCGCUGGCCUCUAAGGAUUGGGAAUUCUGUGUCAGCUUCAACUUGGAGUCGCUUGAUGCGGGUAUAAAAGUAUUCAAGAAGUUAUACAAGGAUCUUGUCCAAAUAUGCGAAAGGCACGUGGAUCAGUGUCCGGAAAUCCUGAAUAUAACACAGUUUGUGGAUCGUGUUCUUCAGGAUGGACUGAUUGACACGAAGAACCAGCUGGACUUUUGGGUCGGACAACUUUCUUUAGGGGAAGACGACGUGGCCAACUCAUCAGCCUGCAUUGACAGCUCCAUAAACGUUAGCCUUGUGGAACUCGAUGAAACCCUGGACUCUAAGGAACAACGUCUUGAAGAGUGGUUAGUUCAUCUGUACCUUCUGGGCAACAGACUACAAAGUUCGCAGAAUGCCAUAACUGAAGCCAUAAUCUCUGCCCACCAGCAUAAACUUAGUCCUUUCGUCCUUCCAAUCAAUCAGCUGCAAGCAAAGAUUUCACAGAAUCGACGGCUGCCAAUCGAGCGAUUCUCAAUCCGGGAUAUUUACCUCCUCGCCUCCGUAGUUCCACUGCAGUGGGGCAACCACGUGGUGUUCCAAGUCACAGUGCCCCUGAUCGAUGCGGAGAUUUUCAAUAUCUAUCGAUUGACACCCAUUCCACGGUUGAAUAAUGACGAAAUCCAACUGGUGGACACCGAAUCGCCCUAUCUGGGUGUCAACGAUCAUCUGGACAGGUAUUUCCCGCUUCAGAACUUGGACGACUGCAUCGAGCUGGGCGAAGAGAGGUUCGUCUGCAGGCACAACCACAUUACCUACACAACUAGGGAUGACAGUUGUGCCUGCUCCCUGGCGGCCAUACGGAACCAGUCUUCCGGAGCCUGCACCUUCCGUCCAGUGGGGCAGAAGAGCCGGUGGACACCGAUGCUGGCACCGAACUCCUGGAUGGUGGCCCUUACCAAGGAGCUGACAUUAACAGGAGUGUGCUCUGGUGAGAGACAGGAGCUCAGGAUAAACGGCAGUGGAAUCCUGAGCAUUCGAAGCGACUGUGUCGUGCGCAGUCCGGCUGUCAACCUUCAAGGAGAAAACCGGAAAAGAAUUCCUUCGAGAAAAGGCUACGCAUCGCUGCAGAUGGCCGCCAAAUCUUCCCCUGAAUUCGUGACCAUUAAAGCAUUUAAUCAACUACUGGCGAUCAUCGGCCAACUGGAGCGGAAUCAGAAAAAAGUGGAAGCAGUUGGAGGUUAUCCAAUGGUGGUCAUCGCUGUGUGCCCAGUCCUAUUGCUGAUCGCCCUUCUCGUUUCGGCUACCUGGUUAUAUCGCACCCAUCGCAGCAAACAACUUGCGCGGGCCCAAGAUCCAGUCAACCAAGUCAAUGGUCUCCAGGACACACAGAAUGGCACCAGAGCCUGCAAUCUGCCCCUGCUGGAAAAAGAUACAUUUGGACAAACCGAAUAGGCAAGAUUUUUAACAAGUUUUUGUGUCGAUUAUAAUACAGUUUUAUUUGUUUGGUUUGAUUGCAAUAAAUAUUAGUUACUCUCUUCA